CCCAACAUUUAUAAUUUGUUGGACAUCGUAUUUUAAGAUUUCUCGAUUUUUCCAAGGUAACAUGACUCUAUACUUAGAGCUCGACUUUUCUACUGUUUUACAUAUGAUUUGAAAAAAAAUCUUGUACACUCAGUACGAUUUAAGAAAGAAAAAAAAAUUAAGCUAAAAGAAAAGAAGGACUAGAACAAUUUUACAUUUCACAAAGAGAUCUUCUUGACUCCUGAGUAUAUUUUAUUCUACAAUUUUACUAUUACAGAGUAAUUUUUUUUCCCAGAAACUAUCUACUAAAACAUAAUUAAUUAUGUGAGAAAUUAACUAACUAAAAAAAAAAAAACCUCUCUCCCCUUUAAAGAAAAAAUCCCCAAACCCUAUCUCAAAAACCCCUUUGGGAGGCCACCGCCUAGCCUCACGGCUGGUGUAACUGUGUAAGGUGUGUCUCCCCUCCCUCCAUGUGUUUUUCUUUUGUUUGUUUCUUUGUGUUUACAUCCGAUCUAUUUCCUCAUCCCCAAAGUUUCUUUGCCCUCAUCGUUUUACUCUGGUUAGAUUAUGGGUUGUGGUUUUUUCCCUCCCAUCUAUUCUGAUUAGAGAAGGUGAGACAAAGUGUUUGAUUGUGGUGGCCCUGAGGCGGUGAUCUUCCUUUUCAAUAAAGGUUUUGUCUUCUCAUCUAGUAGAAGUUUGUUGUGAUUUGAAAGAUGAAAGAUUUGAUCUACAACAAGGGUAUUGAUAUUCAAAAAGUUACAACACGUCCAGUGGAGAUUCAAUUAAAGAUGCGUAGACAUCAAUUCAAAUGGGCUCGAAUAGAUUUUCAGUUAUCUUAUUUGGAUGAGGAAGGUCAAAUAUGUGAAGGCCAACAUCUGGUUCUGGGUGUUCCUCACAUUCAAGGGGGGCCAAGAGUGAAGCGUAGAUGUGGAAGAGAUGUUGUAAUACGUACUAUGAAGAAUGGAACUCACAUCGGAAUGAAGUUAUAUGGUUGCCCUUUAUGGCAUGACAGUAAGUGUGAUUUUAUGAAGUGGAUAAUUGACAACAAUGAAGAUGAUGAUUGCGUUAUCAAUUACUGCAGAAGGAGAACACCAUAAGUGAACUAAAGCAUGAGAGGAAGUUGUUGGAACAGAAAAUCAAGAAACUGGAGUUGCAAAGAAAGAUGAAAAGUGAUCUUUAUGAAAUGCGUGGAGUUGAUGAAGAGUUCAAGGAAGGAGAAAAUCUGAUAUUUAUGUUGGUUUUAUCUUGGCUUGUAUUUACAAUCAUUGUAGGAGUAGUAUAUAAUAAGUAGACAAUGAAAGAUCUUUAAAUUAGCAUGUAAGCAAUUAGGGCUGGCAAUGGGUCGGGUGGGUCAAGAUCAGGUUGGGUUGGUGGGUUGGCGGGUUGAGAAUUCCUUGACCCAACCUGACCUGCUAACUUAAACGGGUUGAAAUUUACAACCCAACCCAACCUUAUGAUAAACGGGUCAACCUUCAGGUCGACCCGUUUAAUUUUUUUCUCGUGUUUUUUCUAGAAAAAAAAUAAAAACAACAUAAUUUAUUUGCAAAUAACAGUAGGCAACAAAUUAAAAUUAAGUCAUUACAUAACCAUAUGAUAAUAUUGUUCAAAAUCAACACAAAUGUUCAAAAUUAACAUCAUUACAACUUCGUAAGCAAUUGUUCAACCUUAAGUGUAAUGACUAAGUCAUAAUAAGCAAGAGCAGUAGAGUACUGUAAAUAUUUUUAGGGGCUUUUUUAGCUUGUUUUUCAUAAAUGGGUUAGGUGGGUCAAAAUCAGGUUGGAAUUCUCAACCUGACCCAACCCAUUUAAUUAAACGGGUUGGGUCAGGUCGA